AGACCGCGCGGGUUGCGUUCAUGACCCGAGGGUUUUUAAAAACACUCGACCGAAAUAGUUCUGCUUGAAACCUCAGCCUAUGUGCUUCCAUCUGACUCAACGUGCUCAAACGUUGUUUGACCUUCACAAGGUCAGAGAAGGUGAAUCGGACAGGUUGUGUGCAGGAACGACAAGACACCAGAAGAGAUCAUGAGUGGACUAUAGACACUUCAUCGGCCUGAAUCAGGAUGUCGAUCACAAGGAUUCACGCUCGGGAGAUCUUGGACUCCCGAGGAAACCCCACAGUUGAGGUGGACCUGUGGACCGCUAAGGGCCUCUUUAGGGCAGCAGUUCCUAGCGGCGCAUCAACAGGUAUCCAUGAGGCUCUGGAGCUCCGUGAUGGAGAUAAAAGCCGCUACCUGGGCAAAGGUACGACCAAGGCUGUGGAUCAUGUGAACAAGGACAUCGCUCCUAAGCUGAUUGAGAAGAACUUCAGCGUUGUUGAACAAGAGAAGAUCGACAACUUCAUGCUGGAGUUGGAUGGCACUGAAAACAAAUCUCAGUUUGGUGCCAAUGCCAUCCUGGGUGUGUCGAUGGCCGUCUGCAAGGCUGGAGCAGCUGAGAAAGGGGUGCCUCUCUACCGCCAUAUUGCAGAUCUGGCUGGAAACAAGAAUGUCAUCCUUCCUGUUCCUGCCUUCAAUGUGAUCAAUGGAGGAAGCCAUGCUGGAAAUAAACUGGCCAUGCAGGAGUUCAUGAUCCUCCCUGUCGGAGCUGCCAACUUCCACGAAGCCAUGAGGAUCGGAGCUGAGAUUUACCACAACCUGAAGAACGUGAUCAAGGCCAAGUACGGCAAGGAUGCCACCAAUGUGGGCGAUGAGGGUGGAUUUGCACCCAACAUCCUGGAGAACAAUGAAGCUCUCGAGUUGUUGAAGACUGCCAUCGAGAAGGCCGGAUACCCUGACAAGAUAAUCAUUGGGAUGGAUGUGGCUGCAUCCGAGUUCUUCCGCAGUGGAAAGUACGAUCUGGACUUUAAGUCUCCCGAUGACCCAUCCAGACACAUCAGUGGUGAACAGCUGGGAGACUUGUACCGCACCUUCAUCAAGAACUACCCAGUCCAGUCUAUUGAGGAUCCAUUUGACCAGGAUGACUGGGAGCAGUGGUCUAAGUUCACUGCCUCAGUUGAGGGGCACAUCCAGAUUGUGGGCGACGAUCUGACCGUCACCAACCCCAAGAGGAUCCAGCAGGCGGUUGACAAGAAGGCCUGCAACUGCCUGCUGCUCAAGGUCAAUCAGAUCGGCUCAGUGACCGAGUCCAUCAAGGCGUGCAAGCUGGCUCAGAGCAGCGGCUGGGGUGUGAUGGUUAGCCAUCGUUCUGGAGAGACUGAAGACACCUUCAUCUCUGACUUGGUUGUUGGACUCUGCACCGGACAGAUUAAAACUGGCGCCCCCUGCAGAUCUGAACGUUUGGCCAAAUACAACCAGCUUAUGAGGAUUGAAGAGGAGCUGGGAGACAAUGCCAAGUUUGCCGGCAAGGACUACCGCCACCCCAAGGUCAACUAAAACAUCCUCGAGCCCAUCUGGUACCUGAACCCGACCGACUGACAACUGCUAAUCCUGAACACCUUGGAUGAGAGGUCUGGGUCAGGGUGGUUUGACGCUGCCUCUUCCUAGAUGUAAUUCCAUUGUUUUCUAUGCAAACACAAAGAUGCAAUAAAGGUUCUAAACUAAAACAAGAA